AUGUCGCCAUCACGAGCAGAAGACGUGGAAGACGACGACCCAGUCAUCGCAGAAUACAACGUCUUCAUCACCCCCCGCCAACUCGAGCAAAUUUACCUCUUGCAAUACCCAAACCGCAACCGCAGUCAAGCCUACAACGACCGUAAUGGUGCACGCCCCACAGACUUCCGCCUCAAACCCCAAGCCGGCUUCAUGGAAAUGGAUAUUGGCAUGAACCCCAGUGCAAACUUCAACAAAUUCCAAAGUCUGGUCUGGGGAGAGGCGAUUCGAAAGGCAAAGGGUAAUGGCGGUAGUGGCACUUUUGGUGCUGCGGCGGGCUUCGCGCCGACGAAAGGUGGGAAGGGGAGGGGUAAGCACGAGGGUGGUGAGAUGAGUGUUGAUCAGGGAUUGUCGAGGUUUCAGGAGGCUGUCAAUAGGGAUGCGGUCUUUCAGAAGCAGACGCUGGGAGGGCAGAUUCUGCAGGAUGAAGCGGGCAAUCCGAAUUAUAUGUUGGGUGCCUUCCGCGGUGACGAACUCCACCUCACACGCGUGGACGGCGUAGUCCAAAUGCGCCCCCAAUUCCACCACGUCGACGCAAUAACCCACGCCGAAACCGCCGCCCGCCGCACCGAAGCAGCAGAAAACAGCUCUGGCGGUCCCGGCGCCACCUCCGCCUCCACCCAAAAACAACCCCAAGCCUUAGCUCUCGCUCAAACCUACAAGGACAACCGCGACGUCGAAAACCUGGAGGCUCUGCGCGCCAAAAACUUGUUGCUGAUUGCUGCAGAGGAGAAGUGGACGAAAUUGGAGUACUUUGAUGAGGAUGAGGAGGCGAGUUAUGAGACGUAUCAUUCUAGGCUUUUCCAUGGCGAUACCAAAGAGGCCAAGCAUUUGAAGAGUCAGAUGAAGAAUGAGGAGUAUUUGGAUGCGAUUUCGGCGCCCAGAGUGGAUCCGAGUGGCAGGAAGAAGAAGAGGCCGUUGACUAAGAAGCAGAUGGAGAGGAUUGAGGCUGCCGAGGAUGAUGUCGAAGGUGCUGGAGAAAUGGGCGGAGAGGUUGAAGUUGAGAUGAGCUGA